GCGGGCGGCAGCGCUUGGUAGGAUGAAAACCGAGUUGUUGCAGUUGCUGCGUUGUAGCUGAUUCGAGCUUGCGUGGGAGAUUAAAUGGUCCUCUUCUUCAGCCGCCAGUUAACGUAGUUAUUAUCUAAAUAAUCCCGUUGGGUUAGUGAAGUAAGAAUAGCAAAGCGAAGGUAUCAUGGCAAUUGAUGAACUUCAAGCAAUUGUUCAAAGAUGCCAAAUUCUGGAAGAAGAAAAUUUCAGAGCAGAAGAUUUUAAUCUUUUUCAAGUAGCAGGCCAGAAGUGUUUAGAAGAAGGGUAUGCCGCCCAGUUAUUAGAAGUAAUUCAAAAUGAAAAAAAUAAGGUUAUUGUCAAGAAUAUGGGUUGGAAUCUUGUUUGCCCUCUUGUCAGGUGUAUUUUGAGUUAUAAGCAGGAAGAUGAUAAGAGAGAACGCUGCCUGAAAAUAUUAGAUCAAUUGGUGCAGCUUAGUAACCCAAAGGAGCUUUUAUUGGGUUUACUUGAGCAAAUUGAGCAGACGCCUGGGGAACAGAUAUCUGAAACUAUUAUGCUCUUGCUUCAACCUCUACAGACAGUGAUAUUGAAACUUCAUGGCAAGAAAUCAUACUCAGUAGGCCUAUCAUUGUCUACAAUUUUAAAUCAGCUAUCUCUCCUCCCUGUACCUUACACAAAAGACCAAAUACAAGAAGAUAAGCUUCAUCUCUGCCAGUGUUGCAAUGCAGUAGUGGAUUUUACUAAACCCUUUGUGGAUGAAGUUGUUAAAAAUAUGAAAACAUCAGAAAGUGGUGAGAGAGAGCUGAAGGAAGAAUUGCUUAAAUUUUGUUUGAAAAGCUUGAAAUACCCCUUAUUAACAGCACAACUUGAUCAGCUUGAAGAUAUUGAAGAACAUCCCUUAAGGCAUUUUGCAGCUGAAAUUAUAGGCAUUUUAUCGGAUAUAGGAGAAUUCACACCAGCAGUAUUUUCACAUGGAAGCCACAGUCAGAACUGGGAUAAUCAUGAAUUUUUGGAUAUAGAUAGAAAUGAUUCUGUGGAUUCUUUGGCAUGUCUAUCAUACUUGGUGUUUGUACAGUAUAUUGGUAUUGAUUGCUUUCCAAUGAUCUUUAGUCCAUCCUAUCUUCUACAGUGUAACCUGUUACAUGUUGAAGUCCUAUUGAAAAGGACAGAAGAAUCCAUAUUGGCUAAAGGACUUGAUCUAUUUGAAAGCUGUUUAUUGAGAAUGGACAAUAAUAGUCUUCUGCACCAGUUUUUAGAAUUCAGGAACUUCAUUACAGCAUCACAGGAUUUGGUGAAAGUGAUGACCCUGUGCCCUAUAGAAGAUCUGAGAAAGAAGAGCUUAAAUGUAUUACAGUUGUAUAUAGACAAGUUUGACACAGAGGGAAAAUACACAUUAUUCAGGUGUUUACUAAAGACAAGUAACCAUGCUGGUGUAGAAGGAUAUGUUAUUCAGAAUAUAAAAAAUCAGAUUGAUUUGUCAUUAAAGAGAGGACAAGACAACAAGUGGUUUACUGGACACCAGCUCGUUUCCCUUCUAGAUGAGGUGUUCUGUCUUCCUGAAGGUGCUGAAACCGAUCUUCUCCAAAGCUCAGAUAGGAUUAUGGCAGCACUAAAUCUACUGAGAUACUUAGUCAUUAAAGAUAAUGAACAUGACAAUCAAACUGGUGUAUGGACUAUACUCACCAAGGUUACACAGAAUUUCUUAAAGCCAUUGCACACAGGACUUAAUAUGUCAAAAGCACAUUAUGAAGCAGAAAUAAAGAACAAGAAAGAAAAUAGACGAGAGUCUCACACUUCUAACACAGUUUGUUCUGUAACUGUUAGUGGGGAAAAGAUGCCUAACAUGUCUGCUGAAACGCAACUUCAGGUGCUGCACUCAGCUCUUUUCACAUUUGAUUUAAUAGAAAGUGUUCUUGCCCGAGUUGAAGAACUCAUUGAAGUGAAAAUUAAAGCUGUGACAGAUGAAAAUAUUGGGGUCAAAUGAAGAAUUUCUCCCUCUAAAUUCU